AUGAACCGCUACGAGAUUACAAAGACCUUGGGCGAUGGCACUUACGGUAGCGUCCUGCUCGGCGUCAACCACGAGUCGCAUGAGACCGUCGCCAUCAAAAAGAUGAAGAAGAAAUACUACUCAUGGGAGGAAUGCCUCAGCCUCCGGGAAAUCAAGUCACUCAAGAAGCUGCACCAUCCCAACAUUGUCAAGCUCAAAGAGGUUGUUCGUGAGAACAAUCAGCUCUUUAUGAUUUUCGAGUUUAUGGAGUCCAACAUGUAUGACCUCAUGAAAGGCUUCUUUCACCGCGACCUCAAGCCAGAAAACAUUCUAUGCAACGGCCCAGAGCUCGUCAAGAUUGCCGACAUGGGCUUGGCCCGCGAAAUCCGCUCCCGCCCCCCCUACACAGACUACGUCUCCACGCGCUGGUAUCGUGCGCCCGAGGUCCUCCUCCGCUCGACCAAUUACAACUCGCCCAUUGACCUCUGGGCCGUCGGCACCAUCAUGGCCGAGCUUUACACCCUUCGCCCCUUGCUGCCCGGCAGCAGCGAGGUCGACACCCUCUUCAAGUGCACCGCCGUCUUUGGCACCCCCUCCAAAGCCAACUGGGCAGAGGGCCUCAAACUUGCCAGCAAAAUGAAUUUCAAGUUUCCCCAAAUGUCUGCCACCCCGCUCCGCACCCUGGUGCCUCAGGCCAGCACUGAUGCCAUCGAUCUCAUGCAAGACCUGAUGCAGUGGAAUCCGGCCAAACGCCCCAACUGCGCCGGUGCUCUCCGCCACGCCUACUUUUCAACGCGUCAAUCCAGUGGACAAGGACCCAUCACCGUUCGCAAAUCUUCGGCUGGCUCCCGCCAAGUCCCAAAGCUUCCCACGAUCCAGCAAGAAGCCACGCCCACCCCGGCCAAUGGACCGGCCUUGGGUCAAGACCACUGGGGUCGCUCGGCGCUCUGGGACUUUAUGCUCGAUACCAACGCCCCGGCCCCCACCACAAAAGCCCGAGCUAGCAAGGAUUGGACCCUGCCCGAUCUUGCAGAGAAGCCCAAUUCAGCUGCGGUACGCUCGCCAUGCCCCCUUUCUGUGUGCACAUGCCACUUAAACGGUGCCUUGUUUGAAACUCAUGGUCAUCUGCCUGUGCAUCGUAUCAUGUCCAUUGUUGCCUUGCCUCGUUUUUUACAGCGCGCCACUCGACAGCAAGGCGCAGCUUACCAUGCCGGUGGUGCUCGCUACCUACCACCCGGCCUUCCCAAGGGUAACAGCAGUGCAGCUUUGGACAGCAAGUCCCAUCCCUACCACUUUCUGGAUGUGCGCGGCCAUUCUAGAGAGCGCGGCCGUGGUCCGGCCGGCGCCAGUGCUGCCCCAUCUCACGAUGCUCUGGACAGCUUGCUGGCUGACCUGCGCAUCAAGGACAGCAACUUUGAUCGAGGGGCGCGCGUGAGUGCUGCUCCAGGCGUUGGCACCAACUCGGCCAUGCCCCGCAAGGGUAUCCGUGCCAAUGCUGUCAAUGGUCGUACUGACUGGGCCUCGAAAUAUGGCAAUUAA